GAUUAGGACUUUCAUUAUCUUUUUGUGCUCUUAUUUGUAUUACUUGCUUUUUUUUCUAGGUUUUUCUGGGAGAAGCCAAAUCUACAGGCAAGAUGGUCGCCGUCAAGGCCAUGAAAAAGUCAAAACUGACUUGCUCAUUAAGUUUAAGCAGAGUUCUGACAGAGAAAGAGAUUCUCCUUUUGGCAAAGCGAGAGCAACAUCCUUUCCUCACUGGAUUGUUUGCCUCGUUCCAAACUGAGCAUCAUGUUUGCUUCGCCAUGGAUUAUGCGGCUGGAGGCGAUUUAGCAAAAUGGACAAGAAACCCGCAAUUUGACUAUGAAGCAUCGAUGUAAGUAGAAGUCUGGGUUUUAUAUAUGGAAUUUUUGCGAGGUUAAUAAGGAUGAUGUUCUUGUAGUAGUUAUGGCAGCCAGUUCUUACAGGAUAGGAAGGAAUC